UUCCUUUCCUCGGGCCGCGCGCCCCCUCCUCCCUCCUCCUCCUCCAUCCUUCCCCCACCCUGUUUGUGUGCCCCUCCCGCUGCGACUGGCUGGGAGGCUCGGCCGCCCCCGCCCGAGAGGGAGGCGGGGGCGCUAGCCGCGGCGGCCACCCGAGGCUGCGGAGGGGAACAAGAUCCGAGGCCCCGAGGCGGCCCUGCAUCUGGCCCAGGCACGCGGGGGCUGCCUCUGCACCCCCCAGCCGAGGGCCGCGGGGCCUGGCCUCGUCGCGGGGUGGAGGAGUAACAGAGACCCAACUCCAGCUGGCCAAAACAGAAAAGGGAAUUGAUUGGAUCACACCAUUGAACAAGCCAGGAUCUCAGUGUAGCAAUCUCUUUCUCCAUCUCAGCUCUGCCUCUGCAUUGGCUUCAUUCCCAGGUGGGUCCUCCCGAAGGAGACAAAGAUGGCCCUCACGGCUCUGGCCCUCCCCAUCCGCUUAGAAACCUGAGCCCAAAGAGGAUGCACUCCCCAGUAAUGCCAGAGAAGUCUUGGAGAAAUGACUCCCUGAGACAAGGCAGCUGAUCUGUGUCCAUCUCAGGACUUGGAUCCGCCAGGCCUAUAUCGCAUUCUUCUCCUGCAAUCAGGGUGGAUCAUCAACCCCCACCCAGACCACAUGGACUGAGAAAGUGGAGAAGGAACGAUGGUUCCCCACAGUCAAAGCAGGGUGCUCUUGCCAGAAGGAAGACUGGGUGUUGGGCUGGUAAAGGGAACAGACAUCCACCCAUACAUCCCUGUGGAAAGCCAGGAGGCGGUCCGAACUCAAGAAUAGGUCAGGAAAGGGAGGUAGAGCUGAGAGUCAAGGCUUAAAGGUGUGCGUGAAGCAGACUACCUGGGAGAGGAUAGAGGCAAAGAGGGCAUCAAGGCAGACCUCCCACCAGGAGACAGGAAGAGUAGGAAGGCAGCAAGAAGAGGAGGUCAGAGAGGCCAAACAGGGCAGCAAGGGACCAGGUGGAUGAAGACCCUUGAUGACAACUGCAUUGUCUGAUUAGCAGGUGGCCUGUGAGCCAGAGGAGCACAGUGACAGCAGAGGGUGGUUGAAGCCCAAUUGCCGGCAGUUAGGAAGAGGAUGGCAGUGAGGAAUGGGGUAGAGAUUUCGUGAGGCGGGAAGCCAGGAAUGAGGGGGAAUGGGCACCAAGAGUCCAGGGUGACUGGGAUGGGAUGCAGGAAGGGUAGGGACUUGUGCCAGAAGGGGCCCGAAAAAGACAAAUAUGGCCCUUGGAGCAAAGGGUAGUGCAGGAUGGGAGGGCAUAGGACAGAAGCAGGACCAGGAACAAACAGUGACACGCACACAUAGGUAUCAUCAGAUGAGGUGACAUCUUGGUCACUGCACCAUGGUACUAACAGAUCAGCCAGUCUGAUGAGUAUGGUUUGGAAGUCAUAGAAAUAGGGUUUGGGGUUUUGUUGUUGUUGUUUUGAGAUGUAACAUACAUACAGCCAAGUACCUGUGGGUGCACUAAUCUAAGUGUACACCUGUAUAACCACCACUCAUAUCAAGAUAGAGAACAUCUUCAGCAUAAGUUUCCCUCCUGCCCCUUCCAGUCCACACAGGCCUCAGGGGGUAACCUCUGUUCUGACUUCCAUCAUCAUCAAUUUAGUCUGUUCUUGAGCUCCAUUAUGCACGAAAUCCACAGUGUGCACUCUGGUGUGGCUGCUUUGAUGCAGCAUAAUGUUAAAUGGAUUCACCCAUGUUGUUGCAUGUACCAGGGGUUCUUUUUCUUAUUGCUGGGUAACAUCCCGUUAUGAAUAUAACACAAUUUAUCCAUUCUACUGGUGAUGGGCACUUGAGUUAUGUCCAGGUUGGGACUAUUAUAAAUAAAACUAAUGCCUUUUUUUUUCUUCUUCUGCUUCUUCUUAGAGAAUUCUCAUUCUUUCUCACGCUCGUGCAUGUACAGCCCUCACACAGGUACCAGAGCAGGCCAGUUCGCUCUGGCAGGACUGGCCGUUGGUCCCACCUCGCCCCUCUCUUCUGGGCAUGUGUUUUCUGGGGAAGUCCUUUUCGUCAAGGAUCGGGGCAUAAGGGAUGGAGAUGCGGAGGGUUACUACCCUCCUAAGGCUUGCUCCCUCUCUUCUAGCCUCCUUGCCCCUGGCCGCCAGCGCCCUGAGCCUGCCUGACCCCUCCUGACCUCUCAGGGGGGCUCGCCCGCGGCCCCCCAUGAGCGCGCCCGGCUGACCCGCAGGGCGGCCGCGGUGGAGCCCGGGCGCGGCGGGGGCGGCGGGGCCAUGGCCUCGCUGGACCUGCCCUACCGCUGCCCCCGCUGCGGGGAGCACAAGCGCUUCCGGAGCCUGUCGUCCCUGCGCGCGCACCUGGAGUACAGCCACACGUACGAGACGCUCUACAUCCUCUCCAAGACCAACAGCAUCUGCGACAGCGCCGCAGCGGCCGCCGCUGCCGCCGCCGCCUCGGGCUUCCAGCUGGCGCCCGAGCCCGCCGCCCUGCUGGCGGUGCCCGGCGCCCGACGCGAGGUCUUCGAGAGCACGUCCUUCCAGGGCAAGGAGCAGGCGACCGGGCCGUCGCCCGCGGCGCCACACCUGCUGCACCACCAUCACCACCAUGCGCCCCUCGCCCACUUCCCGGGCGACCUGGUGCCCGCCAGCCUGCCCUGCGAGGAGCUGGCCGAGCCGGGCCUCGUGCCUGCCGCAGCUGCGCGCUACGCGCUGCGCGAGAUCGAGAUCCCCCUGGGGGAGCUGUUCGCCCGCAAGUCUGUGGCCUCCUCGGCGUGCUCGACGCCACCGCCCGGCCCCGGCCCCGGCUCCUGCUCUGGGCCGGCCUCCGCCUCUCCCGCGUCCCCCUCGCCCGCCGAUGUGGCUUAUGAGGAGGGCCUGGCGCGCCUCAAGAUCCGCGCGCUGGAGAAGCUGGAGGUGGACCGACGGCUGGAGAGGCUGAGCGAGGAGGUGGAGCAGAAGAUCGCGGGUCAGGUGGGCCGGCUGCAGGCCGAGCUGGAGCGCAAGGCGGCAGAGCUGGAGACAGCGCGGCAGGAGAGCGCGCGGCUGGGGCGCGAGAAGGAGGAGCUGGAGGAGCGCGCAUCGGAGCUCUCGCGCCAGGUGGACGUGAGUGUGGAGCUGCUGGCCUCGCUCAAGCAGGACCUGGUGCACAAGGAACAGGAGCUGAGCCGCAAGCAGCAGGAGGUGGUGCAGAUUGACCAGUUCCUGAAGGAGACGGCAGCGCGGGAGGCCAGUGCCAAGCUGCGGCUGCAGCAGUUCAUCGAGGAGCUCCUUGAGCGGGCUGACCGCGCCGAGCGGCAGCUGCAGGUCAUCAGCAGUAGCUGCGGCAGCACACCCAGCGCCAGCCUGGGCCGCGGAGCUGGGGGAAGCGGCGCUGGGCCUGGCACCCGGGGCCCCGGCAGAUCGAGAGAACACCACGCGGGCCCGGCCGUGCCUAGCACAUACGCGGUGUCACGGCAUGGUUCCUCUCCCAGCACAGGGGCCUCCAGUCGCAUCCCAGCUGCAUCCCAGAGUUCAGGUUGCUAUGACAGUGACAGUCUGGAGCUGCCCCGGCCAGAAGAGGGGACCCCCGAGGACAGUGGCCCCGGGGGCUUGGGCACACGGGUCCAGGCUGCCAAUGGUGGCUCAGACCGGGCCCAGCCCCCCCGCAGCUCAGGCCUGCGGCGCCAGGCCAUCCAGAACUGGCAGCGCAGACCCCGCCGACACAGCACGGAGGGGGAGGAGGGUGACGUCUCGGAUGUGGGCUCCCGAACCACUGAGUCGGAGGCUGAGGGCCCCUCGGAUGCCCCUCGCCCUGGGCCUGCUGUGGCUGGGCCAUUGAGCAGCUGCCGGCUCUCAGCCCGCCCUGAGGGAGGCAGUGGGCGGGGUCGACGAGCUGAGAGGGGCAGCCCCUCACGCUCCAAUGAAGUCAUCAGCCCAGAGAUCCUCAAGAUGCGAGCGGCCCUUUUCUGCAUCUUCACCUACCUGGACACACGCACACUGCUCCAUGCCGCCGAGGUCUGCCGGGACUGGCGCUUCGUGGCUCGCCACCCUGCCGUCUGGACACGGGUGCUGCUGGAGAAUGCCCGAGUCUGUUCCAAGUUCUUGGCAAUGCUGGCUCAGUGGUGCACCCAGGCCCACUCGCUGACACUGCAGAACCUGAAGCCCCGGCAGCGGGGCAAGAAGGAGAGCAAAGAGGAGUAUGCCCGGAGUACCCGGGGCUGCCUGGAAGCAGGGCUGGAGUCUCUGCUGAAGGCAGCGGGGGGCAACUUGCUGAUCCUGCGCAUUUCCCACUGUCCCAACAUCCUCACGGACCGUUCGCUCUGGCUGGCCAGCUGCUACUGCCGAGCCCUGCAGGCUGUCACCUACAGAAGCGCCACAGACCCUGUGGGCCAUGAAGUCAUUUGGGCCUUGGGUGCGGGCUGCAGAGAGAUUGUCUCCCUCCAGGUGGCACCACUUCACCCCUGCCAGCAGCCCACGCGCUUCAGUAACCGCUGCCUGCAGAUGAUCGGUCGCUGUUGGCCCCACCUCCGGGCCCUGGGGGUCGGGGGUGCUGGCUGUGGGGUGCAGGGCCUGGCAUCACUCGGUCCUGGAGCUGGACCACGUGUCAGAGAUCACCCAGGAGGUGGCGGCGGAAGUCUGCCGGGAAGGCCUGAAGGGACUGGAGAUGUUGGUGCUCACGGCCACCCCUGUCACCCCCAAGGCCCUGCUGCAUUUCAACAGCAUUUGCCGGAACCUCAAGUCCAUUGUGGUCCAGAUUGGGAUUGCCGAUUAUUUCAAAGAACCCAGCAGUCCUGAGGCCCAGAAGCUGUUUGAGGACAUGGUGACAAAACUCCAGGCCCUGAGACGGAGGCCCGGCUUCUCUAAGAUCCUGCACGUCAAAGUGGAAGGCGGCUGCUAACCCGGGUUGGGGGCGGCAGGGCCCCUGCCAGCCCCACGCCAGGGCGCUCUCUUUGGACCUCCAGAGGGACCCUGAUUUGGACUUGACCUUUGGAGGCCUAGUGAUAUCCUCCCCGGCCUCCAGGGAGGGGUUGUCAGUCUCCUGUCCUCCUGCUGGGACAGUGGAGCAACAGGCCUGACCCUGAGCACAGCCCCUCCUGGGCAGGAGCUCAGACAGAAGCUGUCCCCUGACUCCCCCUACCCCCACCCCCAGCUGGAGCAGCCUUCUGGGCACAGCCAGAGAAGAGCUGGGUCACCACCAGCACUCGGUGUCAUCGCUCUGAAGAUCUGCAAUAACCAACCACCCAGGGCUCCUCAGCUGCUCAGUUGGCUGGGGCAGGCCUCUCCUCUCGGAGGUCCGGCCUCCUGGUCGGGGGCCUCUGCUGGGCCCCAGGCCAGAGGGUUGCUCCACCCGGCAGCUCAGACUUGCAAGGAGGGCUCUUCUCUCCCCCAGCCCUGUCCCAGCCCACCGUGGGGCUCCCCCUUCAGGCAGCCCUCAGGGCUCUGGGUCUGCAUUCUCCAGGGUUAAGAGACAGGCAGAGGGGUCUGAGAAGGUGGUCCGCCCAGAGUGGGAGGUGGGGGCGCAGUGAGUGAGUGGGAGUGGGCUUGAGGGACAAAACAUUCAUCCAGGACUUUUCCCCAGGACAUCAAGACCACCCCUCCCAAGAGGGGGCUGUUGCCAGGUUGAGAACACUUAGUGUUUUUAUUGCUGUAGAAAAAAGACCCCUCCCAGCUGCCAGGUACCCCACGACACACCAGAACUAAAUUCAGAGCUAAAAGGUGCAUGUUUCUAUAUCUUCCACCAGCCCUGAGCCUCUGGAGGGGCGAGGUCCCAGCUGGGAACUGCUGUCAGCAAUGAGAAACAGAUCAUGUCCUCAAGGAAUGUACUUCUAACCCAGGUGCUUGGGCAGGAAUCUGAUGGCCUUUGGGUCCCCAAGGCUCUGGGGAAGGGAGUCACUAGGCUGCCCUCUGUGCAAGGACCUGGAGGAGCCCAGAAGAGGCGUGGUUUGGUUUGGUUCUCAUCUGGCUAGCUUGCUUGCAGUUGUGGCCUUGGUAGGGAGCCAGACCCAUGGGGCCAAGAAUGAGGAUGAGCCCCCCUCGUCGGACUUGCUCCCUCCAGUCUCUGCUGGCCCCACGGGCUGAGGGCUGUGUUGGGCAUCUUCUGCGUGGGGCAGUGCUGGGACCUGAGCAAGACCAUUGGCUUAAUACGCAAAUGGGGGCCUUCAUUGACCCUUGCAUGGUUCCCAAAGGACCAGGUCCUGGCACUAUGGCUUUAAAGACUCAGGUGUCCCCAGUUCCUCCUCUCAGGACUCCCACAGUGAUACAAAAGCUGUGGGUCCUGCCAACCUUCAUUUGGAAAGUUCUUUCAAACAUUAACCUAGAUCCAUCUUAGGGGUUCCUUCUCUCCUGUUACAGGAUGGGCUCUCAGCCCUGAUUAUUAGGCCCUUGGUCCUGGCUGGGGCUGGGCUCCUCUAGUUUCUCAGUCUUUUCCAGGAACCCAACUCUCUGCCACAACCUGGCAUGGACAUCAAGACCUGCCCUGGGGUUCCCUCCAACGAGGCCUCCAGAGCUGGGACCCCAUGGGAUCAGCAGUGUGCCGAGCUCCCCCGGCUCCCCACCCAGCUGUGUCCCAGCUCUUCAUUGUUGAUGAUUUUCCUCCCAUGGCUCGUUCUAGCCCUGCCCUUUGAAGACCUGAAAACUACCAAGGGUGUCAUGCUGGCAAUUCCCUGUCCAGUCCUGCACGAAGCCUUAGCUGUGUGGCAUCCCCACCCCAGAGCACCUGGUUCCAUUGGCUCCUAACUCCCCAGCCUUGUCUCCAGGAGUCACAGAGGAGAAGCACAACUUUGUUCUGGGGCCUGGAAAGGAGGUGGCAGUCCACUGGGCCUGGCUGCCCUGGGUGUGUCUGCUCUGCUUUGCCACCUGCAUCCUCAGAGCCCCUGCUCCCUGUGACCCCAGGACCAGAGGUGCUCCUUCCCUGUCUCCUGGACAAAGCACAAAGGGAUGCCCUGCUUGGCCUGAGGCUGUACUACUGAGGGACCUUUUUCUACCCCAGGAAGCCUCCAUCUCUGAAUGCAGGGCUUUGGGCAGUUUCUCCCAGGGAAGAUGCCCUCCGGAAUGCCUGGUAGCAGUUCUGGGAAAGGCUAGAAUGCACAGGUAGUGGGUUCGAGUGGGUGGGAGGUAGUGCUGAAAAGGACUGACCCUUGUCCUGGGGCCAGUGCCCCCGCCCACGGGAGUGAUGGGUCACAGGGUCCCACUGCACACCUGCGGCUGACAGACGGGUGCGCCCCGGCCUUCGUGUCUGCCCCUGGGAACUAGAGGGUGUGCAGGCUCCCCACCAGAUCUAUGCUAUUUUUUUGCCUCCCCUUGGGGGAUGGGCGCUGUCAGAGUGGGGAGUUUUGAUUUGCUCGGAUGCUCUACUUGGUCACUUUAGCAGCCACACAGCUAGGGCUGAAGGUGGGGGGCAGGGAUAGAAGGCCUGGCCAUCUGUAGGAGCCCCUCAUCCUUCACUCCUCUGUUAUCUCACACCUGAUGGGAUGCAGAGAGGAACAUCUGAGAGCAGACCCAGGCAAGCCCUGCUCCAGGGGUCCCAGCAUGUGUCAAGGCCCCUGGGUGGUGGCCACUUGAUGUCCCUACCACCACCUCUCCCCAUCAUAGAGUCCUGCCCAGCACCUGGGAGACUUGGCAGAUGUGGCCUGAGUACAUCAUGCUUUAUUCAGGCUGCCUCCCUGCAGCACUGGCAGAACAAAGGUGAUGCCCUAUGUAUCUGGAUCCCUGAGGGAGAGGGGACUGCCCAGAGCUGUGCUUUUCACCGGCCAAGAGACCACCCAAGGACCAAGGCAGCUCGUGUUUUCCUAGUCCUGCAAGAGAGUGGAGUUUGAGGCAGCACCCCUGCCACCCCCCCUCAGGAAUUGUUAUUUUAAAAAAAGCCGCCUCCUUCCCAAGGCCUGCUGCUCCAAGGUUUGACUCUGUCUUUUGCAUUUGGGGCCUGCCUGUUCUCCUGGUCCUGGUCUCUAGUCUCUGGGCCAUGGGUGAAGAGCCCCCCAUGUCCAAGUCCCUCUCGGGCGCUCAGUUGAAGACCUUUCCAGAGGACUAUUGGUGCCAAAGACCCAGUUCCUGGUGGACUUGAGGUGCAAAAAGGAGCGUCGGGGAGUGGGUGUGGGCCCGCGGGCCUGGAGGAGUUAGCUCAUACCAAUGGGAUCUGUCCCAGCUCAGUCCCCGAUGAGUGUAACUUGCCUCCCCAGAGGCCUGGCACUUCUGUCUUUACCUGCUGGUGGCUGUGCUUUCUCACCCGGCCUUGUCCCAGGCCCCAUUUCUGUAUAUAUUGCUGUGUACUGUGUGUAUGUAUUUAUUCCUGGACAAGUGUGUUCAUCUGCAGCCUUGCUGAGGAUAAGGUUUAGGAUUGGGUGAAGAUCAGAACACCAAGGUCAACGAAGGCACCAGCUCCUAGACCUACCCCAACCCCUUGGGACCCUGGCCAGUCCCAAGACUGCCCUGACAAUCAGGCAGGCUUCCCCGCUGCGAAUCCAAGCCUCGCCUGCCACUGCUGGCAUGGCCCCAGGCCUCAGCUCUGCCCCGGCAGGUGUCCUGUAUCCAGGGGCAGGAUGGCCUCGGUGGCUGGCACCAGUAGGCCUGGCUCUGGUGAGCCCUGCUGGCGGGGACCUCCACAACCGGCCCCCAGGCCCUUCUUUCCCCGCAGCCAGGCUACAGUGGUCCUGAGCUGAGACGGGAGCUUCCCCCACCCCAAGCACAUCAGGCAGAGGGGUGGAGAGCAUUUUUGGUUUUGUUUCUGAAGUGGUGCCUGUACCUCCAGCCCCCAGGGGGCCUUUCCUGGCCCCACUUUUCUGCCCCACCAGGGCAUCACCGUCCCAGCACUUUGCUCCACAUCACCCGUAGAUGAUGCCCUCUGCCCAACGUACCCUGUGGAUGUAUUUACAAGGACUCAAGCGGGCAUCAGAAUUUGUGGCUUUGUAUCCAAUAAAAGAUGGUGAAACUGGAA